AUGAUGAAGCAUACAUCCAGCUGGUGCCAGACCCCUCCCUCAGUGACAGUCAGGGUCAAACCCAACAGCGCUCGUUCCCUCCAGAUCAGAAGAGGUCUGCGGAUGAAAAGGGCCAACGGCCAAGAUGCACAGGGCCCGCCGCAGAAGAGCCAGUCCAGCCGGCGUAGGGGGGAGAUGCUUUACGCCAAAAUGAGCUUGCCCCCAACUAUUGUCAUUCAGCGGCAGGAAAUGGCUUCGUACUUCAGACUUUUUGCUGAUGACCUAAUCCUAGAUUUUCUGUGGAUGGACUGUUGCUGUAAAAUGACAGACAAGUAUCUCCUUGCCAUGACCUUUGUGUACUUCAAAAGAGCCCAUUUCACUCUGGCUGAAUACACCAAGAGGAAUUUUUUCAUCGCGCUGUAUCUCGCCAACACCAUGGAGGAGGACGAGGAGGAGAAUAAGUAUGAGAUAUUUCCAUGGGCGCUGGGCAAGAACUGGAGGAAGCAAUUUCCCCGCUUCCUCAAACAGCGAGACAAGCUGUGGGCUCGCAUCGAGUACAGAGCCGCUGUCAGCAGGCGUUGUUGUGAAGAGGUGAUGGCCAUUGUCCCCUCUCACUUCGUGUGGCAGCGGGAGCGGUUGGAGCACCACAGCGGCGCCCAGCGGCAGUAUGGCGACCGAGAUCAAGCCAAGAUGCCCCGCGGACCCGCCGCCUCCCCGCUCCUUUGCUCUCUCUGUAACCGCAGCGCUAGAUUAGAUCAGGGCCAGGACUUCUCUUCCUCUUCUUCCGGAGGCUCCUCUAGGCAGGACCCACACCCCGUGCCUCCACACCCAUUCACCUCCACGCUGGGUUUGGAGAAAACUCCACCCAGGGCCACUGCCUCUGCCAAGGUGACGGCGACUAAACACCAGGCGCAACAUUCCUCCUGCUGCUGUGCUGACAAGGUUCCCAGGGAUAAGUCCUUCGGAUCCCUACACGACCCCUCCAUGGACUGGAUCGGCAAGGAGUAG